CCAUCUGGGUGCGGAGCUCAGUUCGGUUCGGGUUGUCUCGGGGUCGCACGUCGAAGGAAUUUCGGCGUUCUGGCAUUCGAAGUUGCCGAGAACUUCUCGUAAUUCAGUGAUUAUUACUGGUGCGUGCCUACAUUGAGGGUGAUACGUGAUUCCGGUUUUGGGUUGUGAAAGGCGAGGGUUAUGGAGUCCGUAGUCCAAUAUUUACUCCUAGCUCUGGCUCUGACCUCCGUGCAAAUAUCCUUCACCGAGAGCCGGCUAAAUGAGAAACGCCGCGAUAAAACUGAAAGGAGACACCACACGGCGCAGCUCAACGACAACAUCUGCGAUAUAUCCGACAGAGAAUCCAAAGUGCACUGCUAUUGUGAUAAUAAUGAAGUAAAAACUGCAACCAAAGCUGAUUGUUGGGUCUUCAAUGGCGGCAUUAACGAAACUGACCCCAUUUGGUCAAGCUUCAAUUCACAACCACAUCUAGAAAAACUCAACUUCAACGUCAGAUCCAACGGAGCUUUGAAAUUCAUCCCAUUACACGUGAUACACCGCCUGAAGAAACUACAAAAGCUGUACAUUCAUUACGCGACUAUCAGCAAAAUAGAGAAGAGGACGUUCGCAAACAUGACCAUAUUGAGAGAGAUAAUGCUGACCAACGACAAAAUAACCGAGUUAGAUUUUUCGUCGUUCACCAACUUACCGGCGCUUGUAAACCUAACUAUAAAAAAUAACAAAGUGACUGAGAUUCAGCGCGACGUGUUUGUGGAUUUGCCGGCUUUGCGAUACCUGGAUUUAUCGUUCAACAACAUUAAUCUGGCUCACGAAGGUUGCUUCGAGCAUCUGACGGUGCUGAGUGAUCUAAUCCUAGAAGGCAAUUCGAUUACCGUCCUCAGCAGAGAGACAUUCCGAGGGCUAGCUAAUUUGACGCGAUUAGAUCUCAGAUCUAACAAGUUAACAAUGAUCGGAGAUUUCACUUUCGCUGAAUUGUGGAAUUUGAAUGAGCUCCUGUUGGAUAAUAAUGAGUUGGAAUAUUUACGUGAAAGAGCUUUCGACGGGCUCGCUCUGUGCCAGAAAUUGUCUAUGACCGGGAAUAAAUUGAGGUCUAUAAAUGAUCGGCUUUUAGAAGGCGUUAGGGGACUUGAGUUAUUAGAUUUGAGGAACAAUGAGCUUGAGUUCUUUACAUUGGAUACGGUUAAACCGAUACUCGACAACUUGAAAGCGAAGACGUCAGUCCUUUAUCUGAGCGGUAACCAAUUAACUUGCGACUGUCGUUUGUCGUGGAUCCACGUACUGCGAAACGAGACAAAGAGCGAACCGCUCAUAAGCGCGCUAGACGACGUGACCUGCGUGCAGAAACCCAGAGAACUACCCAACAACAUCCCGCAAACUUACGACCAAAAACAUAGUUUCAAAAUAGAAGCCAACGCCGACGUAUUUCAACAAGAUGAUGAGGAAGUAUAUGAAGAAGCCAGUCCAGCGUACAAACUGGAAGCCACCGCUCCACCAACAGUUGAACAAGUUGUAGUAUUAGAUAUCCCUGUACAAGCGUUAACGUGCGCGCAAGAAGUACCACAAAACGGGGAAGAUUCUUUAAUGUUGUCCUCAAAAGACGAGAGCUACUGGCGACCGAGCUCAAGUUUCAAAAUCCUUUCAAACCUCUCAUUAGUGCUCACUCUAGUCACUAUAAGUUUUUUAAAUUAAACGCAAGCGAAACCGGACUUUAAGGGAACAAUGGGUUGCGCAGGUUGCGCUUGUUUUGUAAGAAUUUGUAAGUCUGCCGUUUCUUCUGUAGUUUGUAAGGAUGAAGACUGGUUAAUUCUAUUUUAUUAAAUUAUUUUGUAGCGAUAACUUUGGUGGUUGUGAGCUGGCUUGCUGGGAAGUCUUAGAACAGUAGUAUUGGUCAAUUUGUGAUUGAAAUUAAGAACGUAAA